AUGUCAGUUGUUGGUGUACUUCAAGAUGAUACUGAUCCAAUGGUUAGUGUUAUGAAACUUGAAAAAGCACCAACCGAAUCAUAUGCAGAUAUUGGUGGUUUAGAGCAACAAAUUCAAGAAAUUAAAGAAUCUGUGGAAUUACCUUUGACUCAUCCCGAACUUUACGAAGAAAUGGGAAUCAAACCUCCAAAAGGAGUCAUUUUAUAUGGGAUACCAGGAACUGGAAAAACUCUUUUGGCAAAAGCAGUGGCAAAUCAAACUUCUGCAACAUUCUUACGCGUUGUGGGAUCAGAAUUAAUUCAAAAAUAUCUUGGGGAUGGUCCAAAACUUGUACGUGAAUUGUUUCGUGUAGCCGAAGAACACGCACCAUCGAUUGUAUUUAUUGACGAAAUUGAUGCUAUUGGAACAAAACGUUACGACUCAAAUUCAGGUGGUGAAAGAGAAAUCCAAAGAACUAUGUUAGAACUUUUAAAUCAAUUGGAUGGAUUUGAUUCUCGUGGAGAUGUCAAGGUCAUUAUGGCUACAAAUCGGAUUGAAUCACUAGAUCCUGCUUUGAUUCGUCCAGGACGUAUUGAUCGAAAAAUAGAGUUUCCUUUGCCAGAUGUAAAAACAAAACGUCGUAUAUUUAACAUUCAUACUGGUAGAAUGACAUUGUCACCAGAUGUUGAUCUUGAAGAGUUUGUAAUGUCCAAAGAUGAUUUGAGUGGAGCUGAUAUCAAGGCAAUUUGCACUGAGGCUGGAUUAUUAGCUUUACGAGAAAGACGUAUGAAAGUAAUCGCUGAUGAUUUCAGGAAAGCCCGAGAAAAAGUUCUCUAUCGUAAAACCGAGGGAACACCUGAAGGACUUUAUUUGUAG